AUGUCGUCGACCCGCACUUCGACCCCGGGCGAGUCGUCCCUCGCGACGUCCAUCUUCGACUCCAAGUCGCCUUCCGAGGUCGAGUCGUUUGACACGCGCGCUGAAAAGUGGCACUUUGCGACCCAGGUUGUCGCUGCCGACUCGUCGCAGAACCAGUACGGCGCGUCGUCGACCCCCAUCUUCCAGACCGCGACCUUCAAGGGUAUGGACGGCCCCUAUGACUACACCCGCUCGGGCAACCCCACUCGUGGUGGCCUCGAGUCGCACCUCGCUCGUCUUUACGGCGCCUCGCAGGCGUUUGCCCUCAGCACCGGUAUGACCUGUCUCGACGUCAUCCUCCGCCUCGUCAAGCCCGGAGAGACUGUUCUUGCCGGCGACGACCUGUACGGCGGCACCAACCGUCUGCUCACGUACGCAAAGUCGCACGGCGGCGUCGACGUUCGUCACGUCGACACUACGCAGGUGUCUGCCGUUCUCCCCCACCUGGGUGCUGGAAACAAGGUGAAGAUGGUUUUGCUUGAAUCUCCCACGAACCCUCUCUUGAAGAUUGCCGAUAUCCAGGCUGUUUCGGACGCUGUCCACGCCGCCAACCCCGAGGCCAUUGUCGUUGUCGACAACACCAUGAUGUCGCCUUACCUCCAGCGCCCUCUUGAGCUUGGCGCCGACCUUGUGUACGACUCGGGCACCAAGUACCUCUCUGGCCACCACGACCUCAUGGCCGGAAUCAUCGCCGCGGGUACCCCCAAGCUCGCCUCGGACAUUGCAUGGCACAUCAACGCCAUGGGUUCGGGUCUUGCCCCCUUUGACUCGUUCCUGCUCAUGCGCGGUAUCAAGACCCUCGCGCUCCGCAUGGACAAGCAGGAGGCCAACACCCACCUGGUGGCCAACUACCUCGACGCCCUCGGCUUCCUGGUCCACUACCCCAACCUCAAGCACCACCCCAUGCGCGACAUCCACUGGAAGCAGGCCUCGGGCGCCGGCGCCGUCCUGUCGUUUGUCACUGGCGACAAGCAGCUUUCAGAGCGCAUUGUCUCCGCUGCCCGUCUGUGGGGUGUCUCGGUGUCGUUUGGUGCCGUCAAUUCACUCAUUUCGAUGCCCUGUCUCAUGUCGCAUGCCUCAAUCUCGGCCGCUGUCCGCGCCGAGCGUGGUCUCCCCGAGAACCUGAUCCGUCUCUGCGUCGGUAUCGAGGACCCCCGCGACCUGCUCGACGACCUCGAGCGCGCCCUCAUCAUCGCCGGCGCCAUUGUCCCCGCCGUCAGCAAGGACCUCUUGACCGCCGACAAGCUCGCCGCUCUCUACAAGGCCGACCCCGAAAAGUGGUCGCUCGCCCGCGCCGCCGGCUUCAAGCGUCCCGACGGCCCCGACUCGCUCCUCCAGGGCGUUGCCAAGGGACUUGCCAUCAGCGGCGAGAACAAGACUAUUGACGAGGACAUUGUCGUCUCGGCCCCCGGCAAGGUUAUUCUCUUUGGCGAGCACGCAGUGGUUCACGGUGUGACUGCUAUCGCAACGUCCCUCAAUCUCCGCUGCUUUGGUGUCCUCUCCGCUCGCAGGGACGGUCAGGUGGCCAUUGCCGCUCCCGACCUCGAGGCCGACCACGCUUGGAACAUUUCAGAGCUUCCGUGGGACCUCGUCCCGGCUCGCAACGGUACCGCGCCCUCGGCAGAGCUCGACGCGGCCCUUCUCUCGGCUCUUGAGAAGAUUGUCGCCGACGCCAAGCCCACCAAGACCGGUACCAGCGCCAGCGUCGCGUUCCUCUACGUCUACAUGGAGAUGACCGGCUCGCGUGCCAACGCCCUCUCCGUCACCCUCACCGUCUCGGCCAACCUCCCCAUCGGUGCCGGCCUUGGCUCGUCGGCUGCCUUCUCGGCAUGCCUGGCCUCGUCCCUCCUCAUCGCCUACUCGCACGUCGCCGUCGCCGGCCACGAGGGCGUCUCGGCCCCCUCUGUAGACCUCGUCGACUCGUGGGCCUUCCUCGCCGAAAAGGUCCUCCACGGUAACCCGUCGGGCAUUGACAAUGCCGUCGCCGUCCGUGGCGGUGCCGUCGCCUUCACCCGUGCGGUGAACGGCAAGGAGGGCGGUCUGGACGGUAUCCGUGGCUUUGACUCGAUCCGCCUGUUGCUCACCAACACCAAGGUGCCGCGCGACACCAAGUCGCUCGUCGCCGGCGUCGGCGCCAAGAAGAUUGCCGAGCCCCACGUCGUCAACCCCAUCCUCGACGACAUCCAGGCCAUCAGCGACGAGGCCCGUGGCCUGCUGGACGGCUCGGUCGUGGCCGAGCGCGACGCGUUCGUCGGCCGCCUCGAGCAGCUCAUGCGCGUCAACCACGCCCACCUGCGCACCCUCGGCGUGUCCCACGCGUCCCUCGAGGCCGUCGUCGCCGCCACGGCCGCCGAGCCGUUUGGCCUCACCACAAAGCUCACAGGUGCCGGCGGCGGCGGCUGUGCCGUCACCCUCAUCCCGGACUCGUUCCCGGCCGACAAGCUGGACGCGCUCCUCGCCAACCUCCGCGCCCUCGGCGCCGAGCCCCACCUCACCACCCUCGGUGGGCCGGGCCUCGGCGUCCACCGCGGCCUGGACGCCGGUGCCGGCGCCGCUUCAAAGCUCAAGAGCGCCGGAAGCGCCAACCUCGCCCAGUGGUCCGAGGGUCUCGGCGGCAAGUGGGUCCACUAG